AUGCAAUCGCUGACUCGUAAAGUCCUUUACGGUCUUCAGCUGUCGGUUGGGCCAUUCUGUGAGAUACCCUCAAAGGUGUUGUGUCUUAUCAAUAAAUUGUCUCUGGGAUAUAUAUUGUCAAUCGUUUUUGAUCAAUCACGACGAACUCCAGUUGGGUUCAACCAAAUGAGUAAGGAAUGGUUACUCUCAGCGGGCACCGGCUUGCCGGCAUUUGUUCUGGUCUGCGAUGACCAUCGUGGUAUCCUACACGACGACUUUGAGUUUGAGAUGGGAAUGCGGUACCUGCCGCUAGAAAAACAGCAAAGAAUACUAAGCAGGAAGCAGCGCGACGCUCGAAACACCGCACUAUGCAAUCAAAUAUUGCAGAUAGCAGGUGCGUCUGCGGCCUGUGGUAUACACUGGCGUGAUCUAAAGUUCAAAAUGAGUAAAUUGGGGAAGCCUUACGUCGAGAGCGCAAAUCCAUGCAUUUUCAACUUAUCCAACAGCUGCGGAAAGGUCGCUAUGUUUGUCAAAAGAAGCCAUGGAAGCAUCGGGAUUGAUUUAGCAAGCACCAAGGACUGCGAGAAUUGGGGUCCUGGUUAUUUACGGCUCUUCCAAGAUAUCUUUUCCUCAGAUGAGCUGCAAUGCCUUGAACAAACACAACAAGGUUUGCAGAGAGACAGGCUUUUCAUUUACUACUGGUCUCUGAAAGAGGCAUACACAAAACUCACGGGAACAGGCCUAAACUGUUGUCUUUCUGCAAUAAAUUUAGGAGCUCUCGAACCGCUCGAAGCUGAUAAAACUGCUAAAAUCGUUCGGACAAUAAAUGGUAGCCCUAUAACUUUCAAGUCAAAGUGGAUCGACAACCUUACAGUACUUUCGGUAUGCGAGGAUUCAGGGAAUAGUACUGCCGAACAUGAUGAACUCCCGCUGUACGAGCUCGAAGUAGCUGAUAUCUUGUCCUAUUUGGAUAGUAUGAAAUGA